GAUGUGCGCAGAGAAAUGGGGCGUCGUGGAAACGCGGAUAUUCAUUCGUGGAUAAACCCUUGUUUUUAAAGACGAAGGUUACCGUAAUGUAUCCAAAAGAAGCGCUUAAAGAAAGAAGGAAAGGUAGUCCGACUGUUGACCAGAGCAUGCGCUGCAAUGGACACAGAGAGUCGGUCUGAGACUUCGGAAAUAAACAGAAAUUGACUUUGGCAAAACACACCAUCCAAACAUUCGAAGGGAGGUUUUACUACUCAUGCGUGGAACUGGUUGACUGUUCUCUUUGAAUGCGGAAGAACAUGGCCAAGUUGUUCCGAGCUGCUAUCAUGGGUCCUCCAGGAUCAGGUAAAGGAACCAUAUCCGAGAGAAUCGCGCAAAGUUUUGGCCUUCAAUAUCUAUCCAGUGGCCACUUUUUGCGUGAGAACAUCGCAGCAAAUAAAGAGGCAGGCAUGCAGGUAAAGACCUAUGUGGAGAGGGGCAUGCUGGUUCCUGAUCAUGUGAUGACCAGGCUGAUGAUGCCCAGACUGGAACAACUGAAUGACCAAAGCUGGCUUUUAGAUGGUUUUCCACGGACACUUGCACAGGCCCAGACCCUGAACAGUUUGUACCAGCUUGACUUGGUUAUCAGCCUCAACAUUCCCUUUGAAACUCUUAAAGACAGACUGAGUGACCGCUGGAUCCACCCAGGCAGUGGCCGAGUAUAUAACAUGGGCUUCAACCCGCCUAGAGUGCAGGGCAAAGAUGACGUCACCGGGCAGCCCCUGAUUCAGCAUGAUGACGACAGACCCGAAGCUUUGAUGGCCAGACUGAGACAUUACAAAGAUGUGGCUAAACCUGUCAUAGACUUAUACAAGUCACAAGGAAUCCUGCACUCAUUUUCUGGUACUGAAACAGAUCGGAUUUGGCCUUACAUCAACUCUCUCCUCAGCAGCAAGAUGCACACGAAGCCAUUAGAUGCCUAUCAAAGCCAGUCACCCUGACUCACAGAAAAGAGCCCAACUGGUUAUCUUGUCAUGUCUUGGAGCUUCCAACCUGUAGUCAACCUGUUUUUUUUUUUUUUGCUUCAAGGCUUCAUGGAUAUUUGCAUUGAUGUGGUGAAAUGUUAUUUGGUGAAUUGCUCAUUCUGAUAAAAGAAAUGGUAUGCUUCAAAACAUUCUAUACAAAAUCAGCUUUACUUGUAACAUAUAUACAUCAUUACAUAAUGUAAACUGGAGCUGUGUGCAUGCAACAAUGGCAAAAUCAAGUUAUAAAAUAGACAUUGACACAUCAGAGGGGUGUCCUUUCUCCACACUCACUGAAACAGCAUAGUCAUAAAGCAUUGUGACAGAACUGUUACAUAGGUGCAAGGAAAAUCCUUGGAUAGUUGAAUUUGUUGGUGAAUUCAGUGUUGUACAUACUAAUACGACAUUCGACCCUUGCUACCUCAAGAAUCUCAAAUCAGACAAUCUAUAAGACUCUAUAUGACAAAACAGAACAUUUUAAGAGAACUCUGGUAUAGAGAGAUGGACCAACAUCUUAAGGGUUGACAAAGCAGGACCUUUAAGUACAGUGGAACCUCAAAGGUCGAACACAGGCUGUUCUGCCAUGCUGGUCGACUUGUUCACAUUUCAAAACCAUUUUCUCCAUAAGAAUACAUUGAAAUUGAUCCAGAAUCCCUUCAAGUGGUGGUAUCACACAAACACAAAAAAAUGUCAAUCCCAACCACUCUUGUGGAGUUAUGCCUUUAGAUCGGGUAGCCAAAGUGCAGCACAGGGGCCGUUUUCAGGUUUUUCCAUUGGCCCUCAGCAUAUAGUAAGAAUAUUAGUAAAGUAGUAAAGAGCUUUAACAUGUUGGCCACACAGUCACAGUCAGGAGAUCGGGAAUACCUGGGUUCCAAUCUCCGUUGGGCAUUUCUGUGCUGGGUUUGCAUGUUCUCCCCGUGCGUGUGUGGGUUUUCUCUGGGAUAGGCUGCAGCAUACCCCCACUACCCUAAUGAGGAGAAGCGGUAUAGAAAAUGGAUGGAUGGAUAGUAAAGAGCUAUGUUAUUGGAUAUUACACUAAUUUGCAUGGUGUCUGACAACAUAAAGCUAAGAUGUUGUUUUGUUGAUGUUAGCACAUAUUGACAUAUCCAUUGAGUUGGUUUAAGCAUCAUUAAAGUGCAAAAUCCUUCUAUGCUAUUUUGUCUGUAUGCGACCCUGCUUUAGAUGCUCAGAAUGCCCAGAGUCUCACAUGAGAUGCUUCUUGUGUUAAGUUAACCUUCCAUGUUUUGCAGAAAAUUUCCAAUGGUUUCCAAAUUGUAUACACUGUAGGAUGCUCUAACUUUGAGGUUCCACUGUAUAGCGACAGGUCUCUCUCUUCUGGUUUAAUUGACAGCAGUUAAAUGAGUCAUGUUUUACAAACGUGCAGGUGUUUGCUGUAUUGUACUAGGCAGCUGCUGUGUAACUGGUGGUGGAGAAUCAGCUACAUAUUAUUUUGCUCUUAUCUCAGUGUAUUUAAGCAUAGGAUAAUGUGUAUUUAGCCAUAGAUAAAAAAUGCUGCAUACAUUCGUCCUAUUAUAUUUGUGGUAGGAUGCUGCAAAUCGUUUACAGAAAUAUCCUUUCUGAAUUUAUACAGUGGCCCUUUUGGCUAGGAUGAAGAGCUACGCUCAGAAUACUUACAAGUCCCUGGAUUGUUUAAUAACCACCACUGUUCACCAUUAGAUAUACAGUAGAUCCCUGCUAAAUUUUCCACCUGUGGCUUGUUUGUUAUUGGCCUGUGGAACACUGUAGAAAUACUCAUAAAAGUCAAGUACUCUUUAAAUUACUUAAGAUUGGCAGGUCUGCAUGCUUUUCUCCCCCUGCAGGUAGCGCCAUCAAACCACUUUCCAAGUUUCCAUGAAAAAAUUGAAUUAUUUACAAUUGAAAGCAGACAAAAGAUCUGUGACUAUAUGGGGGGGAGGGAUUGUCCAACCGCAAAUAGUCGGGGAUCUACUGUACAUAACACGCCUGCUCUAUGUAGUUCUGACAGUUUUUGUUUCAUUAUCUUUGUUCAAAGAUCAAAGCCUCCUACUGUGUCUGCUGCCUUUUUUUAUGUAUUUCAAACAAAGACAAGACGAACAUCUUAGUAUUAGCAUGGGAUGUUACUUGUCUUCUUGCAGAAAAAAUGUCUAUAUUCAUUUGCUAGUGGCUUGACUGAUAUGCAGGUAAGAAUGCUUUAUUUUUCUGUUGUGUAUUUGUUCACAAUAGGAAAUUAUGUCUAUGCAAAAGAUCAACAGAUGUCUAUCUCUGUGCCCUCUUUUGGAAUCAAGAUUUGUUUUUGUGUGGAAGCUUGAUUGUGGCCACACCUGGGAAUUUGACUCAACGGUGUCUGUAUGUGGUUGUUGUUUGGACAGGAGAGUGAAUUGGGUGUGGUGUGAAAGUAUUAAGUUGGCCUUAAUUCCACCUCACAGCUCUUGUGUAAGACUUGUGUUUUCAUUAUUUUAACAUGAAUUCUGUUGAACUUCUUACAUUCCAAACACAAUAAAAACACAUUUUCACCGAGA